UCCGGCGCUUGCUGGGAUGACCAUCCUCUCAUUAAUGUCCACCACUUGUAUAUAGUAUCUACAUUUCGACACCCGCAUAUAUAUAUGUUUCCAAAAGGAAAAAAAAUCUUACACAAUUCCAUUACUUGCCCACUUCAACAAAAUAAAUGAUCCUCAAUACCACUUUUUGUUUUUGAAAACCUGUUCAAACAAAGUAGUUCGAAAAAUAAUGGUGUCAUCAGAAGAUUUCAGUUUUCCAAAGAUCAACUACCCUCUUCCUAAUUUUGCAAUCUCUCCAUCGUUGUGGCGAGUCUCUUCUCUAGUUUAUCCGGAUUCUCACAACGCCGGCGAUGCGAGAGAAGAAGUAGAUGUUUCAAGGAGGAGCUUCUCUGUUUGCUAUCUAAAUGAAGUUAAAUUAUCCAAGAAAGAGUGCGGCGAGGAGAAGAUGGACAUGUUGUGGGAGGACUUCAACGAAGAAAUCGAAAGGGUCGUUUCGAAUUCAUCGAUGAAGGAGGAGCAGGAGAAGAAGAAAGAGGCGGUAAAAUUAUCAAGCGGGCAUGGACCCCGUUCAAGUGAAACGAUGGUUGAGCUUUGUUGUACUCAAGCUUUGAAGAUGUCCAGUUCGGGAAGGCCUAGCAGCAGUAGUACUAGUAUCGUAGUGGUCAUGAAGAUUUUGAAGAAACUUUUCUUGCUUAAAAACUCCUCAUCUAGGUCUCCAUUAAGAAAUGUCAUUUUCACAUCCUUUUGUCACAACUUAAGGUCAAAAUAA